UGUACUAUACUACAAUAACAUCGUUACUCUUAUGUCCACACAAAUCCAAAAAAAAAGAGAAUUGAAAAGAUGAAUUUCAAUAAAUGUCAAUACCAACAAAAUAUCAAACAACUUUCUUCCUAACAAUUUUAUUAUCCUCCUCCCAACACACAAGAGACCGAAGAACAAAAAAAGCAUGGAUCAUGAUAACAUGCAUAACAUGCCUCCACCAUCAUCAUCCAUGAUGAACAACGGAUCCAUGAACGGAGGAGGAGGAGAUCAUCACAAGAUGAUGUUGAUGCACAUGACUUUCUUCUGGGGCAAGAACACGGAGGUUCUCUUCUCCGGUUGGCCAGGAACAAGCUCCGGCAUGUAUGCUCUCUGUAUCAUCUUUGUCUUUUUCCUCGCCGUCCUCACCGAAUGGCUUGCUCACUCCUCUCUCCUCCGUGGCACCAGCGGAGAUACGGCUAAUGCCGCCUCCGGACUCGUCCAAACCGCCGUGUACACCCUCCGUACCGGCCUGUCUUAUCUAGUCAUGCUAGCCGUUAUGUCAUUCAACGCCGGCGUGUUUAUCGCCGCCCUCGCCGGUCAUGCCAUCGGUUUCAUGUUGUUUGGAAGCCGAACUUUCCGGAAUCGCUCCGGUGACCGGGAAACGAAAGAUCUGCUUCCUGCCUCAGGUUGUGCUUGUUGAUUAUUAUAAAUGUGUUAUUUUAUUCACACUUGUGUUUCUAAUAAAUAUCUAGGAUUUGUACUUUUCUUGAUUGUGUUUUGGAUUGUUCUUGAGGUUCACGGGUGUUAGUGUGAGGAGGAGGAAUAUUUUCUAUUUGUUUUGAUUUAUAUUUUUUGUAUUUUUCUGGUUAAUAUGAUUAAAUGGUGAAAGCUGAAGAUAUCAAUUUACUAAUGUAGGACACCAAUUUGUUUGA